UGCUAAUAACAGUACUUGUAGUGGAAGGGAUUGCUGUGGCCCAAAAGACCCAAGAUGGACAAAACAUUGGAAUCAAGCACAUUCCUGCAACCCAGUGUGGCAUUUGGGUUCGAACCAGCAAUGGAGGUCAUUUUGCUUCACCAAAUUAUCCUGACUCAUAUCCACCAAACAAGGAGUGUAUCUAUAUUUUGGAAGCUGCCCCUCGUCAACGGAUAGAGCUGACCUUUGACGAACGCUAUUAUAUAGAGCCAUCAUUUGAAUGUCGCUUUGAUCACUUGGAAGUUCGAGAUGGGCCAUUUGGUUUCUCUCCUCUCAUAGAUCGUUACUGUGGCAUGAAAAGCCCUUCGUUAAUUAGGUCAACAGGAAGAUUCAUGUGGAUUAAAUUUAGUUCUGAUGAAGAACUUGAAGGACUAGGAUUUCGAGCAAAAUACUCAUUCAUCCCAGAUCCAGACUUUACUUACCUUGGAGAUUGCCAGUUUGAGCUCUCAGGAGCUGAUGGAAUAAUACGUUCUAGCCAGGUAGAACAAGAAGAAAAAACAAAACCUGGCCAAGCAGUUGACUGCAUUUGGACAAUUAAAGCCACCCCAAAAGCUAAGAUUUAUUUGAGGUUCUUAGAUUACCAAAUGGAACACUCAAAUGAAUGCAAGAGAAAUUUUGUGGCGGUCUAUGAUGGAAGCAGUGCUAUUGAAAAUCUGAAGGCCAAGUUUUGUAGCACUGUGGCUAAUGAUGUAAUGCUGAAAACAGGAGUGGGAGUGAUACGGAUGUGGGCAGAUGAAGGGAGUCGGCUUAGCAGGUUUCGGAUGCUCUUCACUUCCUUUGUGGAACCUCCCUGUACAAGCAGCACUUUCUUUUGCCAUAGCAACAUGUGCAUCAACAAUUCUUUGGUCUGUAAUGGUGUUCAAAACUGUGCAUACCCGUGGGAUGAGAACCACUGUAAAGAGAAGAAGAAAGCUGGACUAUUUGAACAAAUCACUAAAACUCAUGGAACAAUUAUUGGCAUUACAUCAGGGAUUGUCUUGGUUCUUCUCAUUAUUUCUAUUUUAGUACAAGUGAAACAGCCCCGGAAAAAGGUAAUGGCUUGCAAAACUGCAUUCAAUAAAACUGGGUUCCAGGAAGUAUUUGAUCCUCCUCAUUAUGAACUAUUUUCACUGAGAGAGAAAGAGAUUUCCACAGACCUGGCAGAUUUGUCAGAAGAACUUGACAACUACCAAAAGAUGCGGCGCUCCUCCACGGCCUCCCGGUGCAUUCAUGACCACCACUGUGGAUCUCAAGCAUCCAGUGUCAAACAAAGCAGGACCAACCUCAGUUCCAUGGAACUUCCCUUCCGAAAUGAUUUUGCACAACCACAGCCAAUGAAAACAUUUAAUAGCACCUUCAAAAAAAGCAGCUACACUUUCAAACAAGCACAUGAGUGCCCUGAACAAGCUCUAGAGGACAGAGUAAUGGAAGAGAUCCCCUGUGAAAUUUAUGUCCGGGGGCGAGAUGAUUCUGCGCAAGCAUCCAUAUCCAUCGACUUCUAAUUGUCAGCUUAAGGCGUUAGUUAUUAAGUAUGUGUAUGCAGCCCACACCAACACCCAUUCUGUCUCAGCAACCAAUGUUGUUCCGUCAGACUUUAAAAGACCUUCAUAAUCUGUCAUAAUGCUGAUGUUUUAUUAUCUCAGGCAAUCUAUAUAUGUGAAACCAACCAAGGAACUUAAUGUAUUCAGUGGAAAAAGUUAUCAUCCGUUGCUUGGUAUCUUAUCUGCGAAAUACCACCAGUUCAAUAGCAGUUGAGGAGCGAGUGGUCAUGUUGAGCCAGGCUCAGCAGCCUGGAGGUGUUGACAUCAGGAUACUAUUCUUGUUCGCACAGCCCCAUCAAUUUGAUCCCACAGUAAAUUUAAAAGUAAGAUUUUUCUUUUUAUUCCUUUUGUCUUUCUUUUCUCUGAUGUGUUUGUUUGCCUGUGGUUUUACCAUUUCAGUUUCCUGCAUAAGGGGACAAAGCAUCACUAUAUUCAGCAUGGGCAUGUAUUUGCUCUUAUGUGUAGAAUAUGGCUAGUCUUGUGAUGAGUGGCAGUUUCAAACACAGUCAUAUUUCAUCUCUCCCUGAAUCAUUCCUAUACUGUUGUCUUUAAUAACUGUAACUUUAGUUCUGUUUUAUGUGAGAAGUAGUAGAUGACAUGAUUUAUCACCUUGAAAUCAUGUUUCAUCUUAAUUAUGCUAGAAAAGUAAUAAUCCUGGGGUGUAUUAUUACCAGUUAAUCCUGACUGGAAAUUUGAGAAAGAUUAAAAACAUGUAGCAAUCUCUGAAGUUGUUCCUGUUGGGUCUCAUUCAUUGAUAGACAUUCAUCCCAGUAAUCGGUCCCAGAAUUCACUUGUGGGCAGGCCUUUAAUAUGGCUUCAUGCAGAGCUUCAUGUCAGAUCUAUGCUCCCUAUCAUCUUUCCAAAAGAUUUAUUUGUUCUCUUGGUAUUGGUUUGUCUUUGGCACAUAGCAACCAUGGUUAGUGAAAGUUUAAAGAAAUCCUCUGAAAAACUGUGUGAGCCUUUAUAUAGCUUCUGCUUGGAACAGUGCAUUUUUCUAGCCAUUAUCAUCAAUAGAAACUUCAACUUUUUUUUAAAAGCACUUUUGACCUUAUGUUUUAUAAAGUAUAUAAGACAAUAAUUUAUAAACAUAUUAAAACUCAUUGGUUUUUUAGACUUUUGAUAUUAUUUGAUACUGUACAAACUUUAUCAAACCAAUAUUUAAGACAUACAAGACAGAUUUCUUUGAAUGUUCACAUUAGAGACUUUGUGUAGAAAUAGGCUGUGGUGGGACUGUACCAUAAACUAUUCUAAAGACCUUGGUCAUGGUGAUGUGUACAUAAGCAUUUUCUUUCUUUGCUGCUGUAUUUAGUUGGUGAUAAGUUUUUCACUGUGGUAUUUAUUGUUCCAAAUCACAACAGAAAUCUUAUAUUAAAGUAUACAUUGUUACAUGACCCUUCAAUUACAUUAUUUAUAGCAGGAAUACUUUGGAUAAGAUAUGAAUGGGGAAUAAUCCAUAUAUUUAAUGAUAGCUAAUAUAAAUAAUUUUAUUUAAAAGAGGUAAAUUCUCACUUUCUGUAUUGAACUAAAUUUUCAAAUGAAAUGAACACUUCAGGUUUCACUAGAUUUCACUAAUUCUUUUAAGUACUACAUAAAUCUGAUCUCUCAGAUUGCUGAGAACUGUGACCUUCAAUGUGAUGUACUUUCUGCCCAAACUGUGUUCUCUGUAUGGCAUUUUUAUUUUUAAAAAGGAAAUUAUAUCAAGAAGAUAGGAAAACCUACACGUAGCAUAAGCAUGAUUUUAUUUUUUUAAGCCAAGAAACAUUCCUGCUUCUAAAAAUAGAACUUGAAAAAGGAAAAGGAAUUUCAAACAUAGUAAUCACUGAACUGUCCAGAGAAAGAUUAGUAACUGUGUUCUUUCAGCAGCUAUUAAGUAGGCAUUUUAUUAGAUGAGACUGGUGAGCCAGUGUCCCGACAGCAUAGUUAAUACUUAAAUUGACAGCUGUGACCUCAAGAAAGAAAAAUUAACAUUUCCUAUAUAAAAUUAUAGCCAUCAUAAAAAUAGUUGCCAUACUCAUUCUUAAUUUUUAAGUUAUAGAGCUUAUACCUUGAUUUUGUUCAUCAUUAUCACUUGUAGCUAUAUUUUUAUUUUUAACACUGUAUCCUAUUUUAAAGGAAUUUGGAGAGACUUAACAAAACACCGGUAUUUGUAGAAAACACUGGACAUAACAACAGUGUAGAUUUGCAUGAUCUCAUGCAACUCAGCUUGGGCAGUCAUUUGAUUCUAAAUUCUCUGACAAAAAAAAACCUGAAAGUUGUUUCUUUGCACAGUAGAAAACUUUUAUAUUCAGAGGCUAAAGUGAAAGCCAUAAAUUUUGUAACAACUGCCAUGAAAUUUAGCCAUCUUAUGUGAAUUAUUACAUCCUACAGAUUACCCCAGUGUUAAACAUGCCUUCUGACAAAAAAUGUAAAGCAGAAGGGUGGUAAGAAUCUCCAAGGCCGGAGAGUGCUAAGUACUGGCUAUAUGAUAUCACCAUUGCCAUCUUCCACUCAGCGCCCAGUGGCCACAGACCACAACCUACUCACCACUAUCUCAAAGACAUAGGAAUAAACUGUGCUAUUCCUUCUGCAGAGGACGGAUAUUCAAUAUAAAUAUUUAACCAAAGCCAAAGGAUAUUCACAUUUCAUAUCACAGAGAUCUAAGUGGCUCCUUUACUUUGAUUUAAUAGAACCUUUGUCACUAUCCUAGUUGUGCUUUGUAUAAUUGCUAAUCAUUAAGGAACCACAGCAUUCCCUGAAUGCUUCUACAGUUCUGUUACUACCUAAUGAGGGUGCUUGCUCAUUUCUGGGGCAUGUCAGCUGCUGAGAGAAGAUGAGAAAAGCCUGGUUGUUGUUCCAGGAAUAAUUAGCAGUCAGAGAUUACACUUUGUGGCAAAAUGGUGUCUGCUGUAUGUCCAUGUUUCUUUAUUGAAAAUACUAAAAGAAAUAUGCCUGAUUUGGCACAUUGAUUAUGGACGGAAAGAACUUUAGGUUUUAUUCUUUUUAAAGAUUCAAAAGAGAUGAUGUCUCGUUUUGUUACUGAGAAGACUAAACCCUAAAGACAGACUUCCCACAUGUUUAGACUCCUAGCCCAGUGUUCAUCCUUGGCUUCUCGUUCCCUCCCUGCUUAGCGUUUGAAGUCACACAGUCCUAAACGUCAGCCUAGAUGUUCUAUGCAAAGCUUGUAAGUUGUUCUUACCUAAAAUGUAAUGCUGUGGUCUUAUUUACAUUGUGCUUCCCACCCCUCCCUAUUUAAUUUCUAUAACACUGAUAGCCUAUCCUUUUUGUUAUCAGGCUUUCUUGGUACCUGAAAAAUAUGUAAUUACUGUGAAUUCUUAGUAAACAGUGCUGCUUAGCAGCACACAGGGUGAUGCCAGAGAGGAAGCGCCUGUGCUUUCGCUUUUGUAAUGUUUUUUUAAGUUAAAAGAACAAACAAUGUACAUUAUAGAAAUUAUAAAUAUUGGGGUACUGUAUCUUGAGUUUUGAGAAUUAUUUGAGUCUGAGCCACAAUAAGAAAACAAGCUGACCUGGAAUAUCUUUUUAGCUUCCUGCACCAUCGAUUACCUGUUUUAUAUACCUCUACUAGUAAUAUGCUCUUCUUUACUAAGCUUUUUAAUAUACCUGUGACUAUAUUUCUGAGAUUGGUUUACUGGCUCAAAAAGCCCACCAACCUAAGGAUGAGGGUGCACGUAUAGUGAGUACUACCUAAACUUGUUUUAUAAAGCAGUAGAUUUUUAUUAGAGAUGAACUUCCAGAUCAUGUAAGAAUUCCCAUGUGCUUAAUCCACAUUUGGCACUUUAAAGUAUUUAACCCUUGAACUGCAAAUAAAAACUCCUGUUUUGA